CAGCAUUAAGUUAUCGGUGUUGCAAACAGUGCUGCCACCCAUUUAUUAUUGCUCUCCCUUAUUUUGCAUAGAAAAUAAACAAAAAGCUCUGCGGAAAUUAUGUUUUCACAUUAAUUCCCAACACAUUUGUGCGGGCGCAGGUGUGUGUGUGCUGGAAAACCCCAAUUGUCAGAGAUCGAGGAAACUUAGGAGCCUGCAGGAAAGGAAAAGCGGAACUAGAAAUUGCGCAUUCCACGAAAGCACUCACUAACGAGGAAGGCAACUACGUACGAACAACAACAAAAUACGAGAGACUGUGAUACGAGAACAGCAUAGCAAAAGUACACAGUCGCUGAGGCCGGAGAGCUGGCGUCGGCGAUGGCCACGGCACCGCGAUCCCUGGACACCAUCUCCCUCUGCUCGACCGUCUCCAGCUGCCCGGAUCGCAAUGGCUUCUACGGCGGCUUCCAGCGCACCGACAAGCCCAAGGAGCCCCUCUCCAAGGCCCAGAUUAUAGCGAGGGAGAAGAAAUGGUUGUACAUGAUUGAAAACUGGUCGAUAUAUAUGUCAAAGAACUAUAAAAAGAUCCGAGAUCGAUGUCGCAAGGGUAUACCCAAGUCGGUGCGACCCAAGGCCUGGUUCUAUCUAUCGGGGGCGUAUUUGCUGAAAAAUAAAAACCCCAAUGUGUAUCAGGAUCUGUUGAAGAAGCCUGGCAAUCCGGCGACCAUCGAGGAAAUCAAAAAGGACAAGCACCGACAGUUUCCCUUCCACGAAAUGUUCCUCGACGAGCAGAAGGUGGGACAAAUUGAGCUUUUCAACGUCCUCAAGGCCUAUUCCAUAUACAACCCAAAGGUUGGCUUUUGCCAGGCGCAGGCACCCAUAGCCGCCUUCCUAUUGAUGCACCUGCCGGCGGAGGACGCCUUCUGGGUGUUUGUCAGCGUGUGUGAUGUAUACCUGCAGGACUACUUUAUACCCGGCCUGGAGGUGAUACAGAACGAUGCUGGCAUUCUGGAGGGCUUGCUGAAGAAGACCUGUCCGCCCGUCUACCGCCACCUACAGAAGCACAAAGUGGAGCCGCUGCUCUACAUGACCGAUUGGUUCCUGUGCGCCAUGACCCGCACUUUGCCCUGGGAGACGUUGCUGCGUGUCUGGGACUGUUUCCUGGCCGAGGGCAUUCGGGUGAUCUUUAAGGUGGCCCUGGUCAUAAUUGGAGCAUCGCUUAGCCGGCACAAGGUGCGCAAGACGUGCACCGGGCUGUGUGAGACGUUGGCGGUGCUGCGAUCCCCCGAGGAUCACAUUGUCGAGGAGGAGUUCCUCAUCAAUAACAUGAUGCGGCUGAACCUGCGCGUCGAAGACUUCCAGAUCGAGCACACGCGCCAGAAGGCGCGACGGGCUAAACAGAAGGCCCAGCAAGAGGCAGAGUCCAGUGGACAUCGGCGCAAUAUGCCGACCUUGUGAGGGAAUGGCGCUACAAUAACUACAACAAUUUGUUACUAAAAACACACAAACACAACACACACAUGCCUAGUUGCAUAAGUUUCUACGUUUAAAGUCGAAUAGGAGGCACAAAACGGGUGGAAGCUGGGAGCUGAGGGACACCACCUGGGUGGGUCAUUCAAUUACGGAGACAUCAUUCCAUGCAAUCAGUUUUGUCUAAUUUUAAGCCAAUUCUUUUGUUGAGCACAUUGGGGGCUGGGCUGGAAUUAUUGUGUAUCUGUAUUCGGAAUCGUAUUAUUUCAUUUAGCGGGCAACUAUUACGAGCGUGCAAUUUUUUAUGCUUUUCAAAAGUAUUUAUUAAAUAUUUAUUAUUAAUUUGAUAACAUUAAAACGAUUAGAGUUAGUGAGUUGAUUUGAGGACCCGAACAUAUCGUAUAUCGUAUUACUAUCAUCAUCACCAGAGGAUCUAACGCCGUUUUUUAAGUUGUUAGUUUAAUCCGCGCAUCCAUCCCGAUAAGAAAUGUUGAUAUUUACCUGCGAUGUGUUACGAAGGAGGACGAGGUGCUCGGCGAGGAGGGCCUCGGCGGCGAUUUUUUGACCGAAAUUAACAUAAAACUGUAUUACUAAUAAAGAAUAAUAUACCUAAAAUGGA